UUCUUGUGGUCAGAGAGAAACUCUGAUUCUGUUAUUUGGGAGCAUUUGAUUUCAAUUUUGUGGAAUACCCUUUAAAUAUUCCAACUUAAAUUUCAACACUUUGAACGAAGAUGACGAUUGGGAAAAUGGAAAUAACCAAUUGGUUCCACAAGAAAAUCACUGAUCCUCUUUUCUCCAUUCUUCAAAGAGGAGUUGAGCCAAAACAGUUGGCUUUCUCUGCUGCUCUUGGCAUUACAUUGGGAGUAUUUCCUAUAUGUGGUGUCACUGUAUUCCUCUGCGGAAUGGCUAUUGCAUUUCUUGGAUCUUUUUGUCAUGCUCCAACUUUGAUGCUUGCAAACUUUAUGGCUACUCCAAUAGAGUUGAGUCUGAUUGUACCCUUUCUACGCUUCGGUGAAGUUAUGUCUGGUGGGCCUCAUUUCCCUUUAACAUCUGAUGCUUUAAAGAAAGUUCUUACAGGUCAAGCUUCACAUGAGGUCAUAUUAAGUGUCGCCCAUGCGUUACUUGGAUGGCUGACUGCAUCACCUUUUAUUCUUGGAACACUAUACAUAGUGUUUUUACCAUGCUUCAAAUAUCUGAUUCAGAAAUUCUCAAGUGUUCCUUUAAGUCCAAAGAAGUCGCUGCUCAACCCGCAUUCCGAAGUAAGGUUGAAGAAAUUAUUGCAAAAUUCAAAGCCAAAUAUUAUGAUGUGAAGGAUCUAAUGACUAACUUCGCUGAUCAAGAUGUUGACCAUCUCAUAGAGACUGAAGAUCUAACUUAAGACACAGUUAUGGUUCAACCAAAUAAGAGUGCUUUUGUGAAUAAUACAACAAAAUUUGAUGAUUCCACUGCACAAUCUAAGUUGAAGCAAGUCAAGAUUGAUAAGGAGUGAUAACUAAAGGAGGCUACUUAAUAAGUUUAGUUUUAUUAUUUCCCUUUCAAACUUUUAUUGGUUCUAAAUAAUUUGGUUUUUUACAAAUUGUUGGUUUGUUGUGGGUUGUAUGACAAUAUCAUUUUGAAUUACUUGUCAUCCUUUUAGGUUUGUUUGCAUAA